AUGACGCCGGCCGUUCUUUCCAUUCAGAGUGCCACACUUGUCAAAAGUGACCCAUGCAAUCACUACAAUGAUUUCCUCAUCGAGAAGCUUCAUUUCGACGUUCCCCUACGACACGAUCGAUAUAACGCUGAACGAUUGCUGCUGGUUGCUCACAUGGUGUAUGGAGAGGCGCUCUCCGACAAGCUGGAUGCUUGUGACGGAAAAAAGCUCACCGAUCCCAGCACGCGAUUUAGCCUCCAGGACCGGCCAAUUAUUCUCUAUCUUUGUGGAGGACCAGGCGCCGACAAUCCCCCUUGCCGUGUGCCAGAUAUGAAUCGAUGGCUACUAAAUAGGGGCUACCAGAUACUCUAUGUGGACUACCGUGGCUGUGGGGAGAGCAGCCCGGUAAAUGCUAGGAUUCUGAAGAAGCGAGGAAUGAGUGACAUGGAGAUGGCGAAUUAUAUCAAACAAUUCUGUCAAGACAAUAUUGUCCGCGAUCUCGAGGCGAUUCGGCUUUGUCUCUCAGUCAAUGCCAAGAGCAUUGAAGGCGAAGACAGCUCCUCGAUCAAAUGGACAGUUCUCGGCCAAUCAUACGGCGGUUAUAUCAGCCUGACAUAUCUUUCCACACAUCCCGAGGGCUUGUUGGAAGUUUUCAUCACAGGAGGCUUGCCUCCAUGCGGAAUGGACAUAAAAGACUAUUUCAAGGUCGAGUAUACGAACAUCGUCGCUCAAAACAAAACAUUUUACGCAAUGUACCCGGAUGCCGCUCGUCUGGUCAGAAGCAUCCUUCAAUUGAUUGCACAAAUUGGGCCACGAAACAUCCAUAUGACUGGCAGAGGGUACAUGACUGGUCAGAAACUCUUGACUUUGGGACGACAGUUUGGUUCCAAGGUUGGGUUCCCAGAAGUGUAUAACUUGCUUCAAAGGAUGCACACCAACCUGUCGACAACAGGAAAGUUGUCUCCAGAAACGAUCAGAGAGUUCGAGGGAGUCCUUCAUGUCGAUGAACGGCCGCUGUACCCUAUUCUUCUCGAGCAAACAUGGUGCAGUGAAGGGGCUACGAGGUGGGCGGCUGAGAGAGUAGCAUCAAAGCUAAAAGGUUUCGAGUAUCUGAGGAUGGAUUCCGACGGGAACUAUCCUGAUCCUGCACAGACGCCACACGGUCUGCCAAUUUAUUUCACGGCCAACACCUAUUGCAAGUUCCACUACGACACGCACGAAGAAUUGAUAGACCUAAAGGGCGCAGCCCAGAUCCUUGCAGAGCAUCCAUGGGAGUGCUCUUACGACUUUGAGCGGCUCGCCGAAAACCAACUUAGUGUACCAGUAUAUGCUAUGAGCUUUGUCCAGGACAUGCACCUUGAUCUUGGCGUUGCUGAGGAUACGGCAGCCAAGGUGGGCGGCCUAAUUCUUGUGGAAGAUGCAGGGUGGCAUCAGGACAUUCGUCACAAGCCUUCUGCGGUGUUGGAGAAAUUGUUUGGAGCUCGCGACACUAUCAAUGAAGCAUCGGGCAAAGCUCAGUCCGGGUAA